AUGCUAAUCCCGACAGCGAAUGAAUGGCAGCGGCAGUGGACGGAACGAAAUCGAAAGCGCACACGAUUUCUGACCAUCCUUUUGUACUUUUUAGUCGGAAUUAAUUUUAUGCACAUAAUUCUCCUCUUUGUGUGCCUUUUUUACAAUGUUUACAGGCAUUCCUGGAUCCAGAGGCACACAUUACCUACGACACAGGACAACUAUGAGGAGGACGCCUUACACUUCCUGACUGAUUGCGUUGCCAUCUAUCCAGAAUAUUCUGGUGUACAAGACUGGUACACUAUAGAGUUCCUUCCCUAUGCUGCCCUUCCGAGAAAACGAGCCUAUUUUGCUAUGCCCGUCCACAUCGCCACCUUUCAGGAAUGCUACAAUGCCUUCUGGCUAGGUGUUCAUCCGUCAAAACGCAAAUUUGUUCAUGGUCAAUUGCGAUUUUUUGGGCACACCGCAAGCGCCAACUGCCUUCAACUGGGCCAGGGCAAGGCUGCAAGGACGGCCACAGUUAUGAACUGCCUUACACUGAGCUUUCACUUCCAGUUAAGUGCUGCAGCCAACUUUUCCGGAAUGGAAUGUGGAAAUUGUCAUAAACCACCAAUUCCUGUUGUAGCUUACAUAGGAGGUCGUGGCAUGUUAUACCAUCAACCAAAGCUGAUUUCACCUCAACUUGCAUCGGAUUUGGGUGUGCUAUAUGUUGUGAUCCAUUAUCGCUUGGGAAUAUUUGGUUUUGGGGACUUUGGAACACAGGACUAUGGACCAAAUCACGCUGUAGAAGACGUGCGGAAGGCUUUACAGUGGCUCCAUGAUAACGCGAGAAUGUUCGGGGGCGCUGCGAAGGAUCUUACACUCAUCGGGGAAGAUUCCGGAGCUUCGAUCGCACUUGCUGUGUCAGCCGAUAGACAUGUCUCAACUGAAGAAAAAAAUUCCACGUAA